UUCUGUCCAAGCAAGAAUAUUUUACUUUCAAGUGGUAACUGUUCAUGUAUAUAAUAUAACUCUUCUGGGAAACUCAUUCUUACGUUCUGUUUUUUCUGUGUAGUUUUCCCCCCUUUAACCUUUGGUGGGUUAUGUUUUCUUCCCAGGAAUGAUCUGUGCACUGAAAAUUAUUGGGUUUUGUUCCAAAUUUGGUUUUGGUUUUGGUUUUGGUCAGUCUGAGCUGCUGAUUGCUUUAGUUUCUGUGAUUGGAAUACAUAAAUGUUCUUUCUUUUUCUGGUGCAAUCUUGUAAAUGAUGUCGAUUUUUGAUUCCUAGUUGGAUUGCACUCAUCUUUUAUGGUUCUAUUUGCAGCUUGAAAGUACCAAAAUCAAUACAUGGGAUCGAUAGAAGAGCCAGGACCCGAGACAAAUUACACCAAACCGUUGGGGAUUAGAUUCAUAGAGUACAUAAAAAGAUCAAAUAUUUCAUACAAAACCCACCAAAUUAUUGUAUUGAUUGUUACUUUUCUAGCCUAUGCAAGCUACCAUGCCGCCCGGAAAACCACCAGUGUGGUCAAGAGUACUCUUGAUCCUGCAUCCGAUGAGGUCAGCUUGAGUUUCUUGCCAUGGAGGAACAUCUACUUGGGUCAAACAGGACAAAGAAGAAGACCAUUCUCCUGGAUUCUUGGAGAUGGGUGGGCACCAUUUGAUGGAUCAGAUGGAACAGUUUUGCUUGGGGAAAUUGAUGUAGCUUUUCUAGCUGUUUAUGCUAUUGGAAUGUAUUUUUCUGGCCAUUUUGGUGAUAGAACAAACUUGAGGAUCUUUUUGACUAUAGGAAUGGUGGGAACAGGUGUGUUUACUUCUUUGUUUGGAAUUGGUUACUGGGGGAACAUUCAUAGCUUCUAUUACUACCUUGCGGUUCAAAUGCUUGCGGGUUUAUUUCAGUCGACGGGUUGGCCUUCAGUGGUUGCAGUGGUUGGUAAUUGGUUUGGGAAGAAGAAGAGAGGCUUGAUAAUGGGGAUAUGGAAUGCUCACACUUCUGUUGGGAACAUUACAGGGUCUUUAGUUGCUUCGGCUUUACUGCAGUAUGGAUGGGGUUGGUCUUUUGUAGUGCCUGGUUUGAUGAUCGCUACAAUUGGUGUGGUAGUGUUUCUGUUCUUGCCUGUUAAUCCUGAGUCUGUGGGAGUUAGUGAAGAUGAUGAAAUGGAUUCUCCAAGGAAAAGUGGGGCGGAAGUGACUGAACCCUUGUUGACAUCAAGGACAGAGGUGAAGGAUCAACCUGUGGGGUUCAUUGAAGCUUGGAAAAUUCCCGGUGUAGCUCCUUUUGCUCUUUGCCUAUUCUUUUCCAAAUUGGUGGCCUAUACAUUUCUCUAUUGGCUUCCUUUCUACAUUAGCCAUACAGCUAUUGAUGGGGUGUACUUGUCGGAUGCGGCGUCUGGUAACUUGUCGACAUUAUUUGAUGUGGGAGGUGUGCUUGGAGGAAUCCUUGCUGGACAUAUUUCUGACCGGUUAGAUGCUAGAGCAAUAACAGCUGCUAGUUUCAUGUAUUGUGCUAUCCCUGCUCUCUUCUUCUACCGGAGCUAUGGAAGCAUAUCUUUUACUGUAAAUGUUAUCCUUAUGUUCAUCACCGGCAUGUUUGUCAAUGGGCCAUAUGCUCUAAUUACAACGGCCGUCUCAGCAGACCUGGGAACACAUAGCUCAUUGCGCGGAAAUUCGAGGGCAUUGGCAACUGUAACUGCUAUUAUCGAUGGAACAGGUUCUGUAGGGGCUGCAAUCGGUCCAUUGGUAACAGGCUACAUUUCAACCAAUAGCUGGAGUGCAGUUUUCACAAUGUUGAUGGGAGCAGCUCUUAUUGCAGGGUUGCUACUAACUAGGCUCGUUGUAGCCGAGGUGUCUGCAAAGAUCGAAGAAUCAAGAACGAGCAGGGGAUCCGCAUCAAGGCCUGAAGCUGCAGUAGUUGAUGCUGUGUGAUGAUAUAUAAGCAGAUUGUAGUGGUUUUCAUUUUUCUGUAUCCACAAGUUUCUGCUUCAAAGCUCGGAGUUCCCCCUCAUCAUAUUACUAGGAGGAGGAUGAUUUUCUUAACCUUCUCCAUUGCUAUACUCGAGACCUGAACUGAAAGUGCAGGAAGGAAAGAAUAGAGAAGGGUGGGGUUUUGUGCCUUUGUAAUAUAAAUGUACGUGUAAACAUUUUUUGUAUGUCUUGUGAUAUAAAUCACGGCUUGAUUCUGAUUCAGAUUCAGAAUGGUGACAAUCUCACCAGAAAAUCGAAAUGUGUCUUUGU